UAAGGCAAUCUAGGGGCUAAGAAGAGUCAGGCAUCCCUCUCCGUCGUCCUCCCAACUCCACUGAGGGAAGAGCGAAGCGUUUGAGGUGCGGUCGAAGGAAGCCCCACCAAUGGCGUCUCUCUCGAUCAUGGCGGCCACUCCUUUCGCUUCUUAUCUUCUAUCAGCGAUCGACAAUCGAUUCCAGUCGAGCCAUUCGGCCGCCGGCGUCACCUCCUCUAUUUGCUCUUUCAAAACUCGAGGCGGGAUCGUAGGGAGCAUUUCUGUCACUUUGCGGUCUUCCUACUCCCCUGUCCUUUGCAGGGCCGUCUCCGUGAAGCCAGUGACGGAGAUAGAGGGUCUUAAUAUCGCCGAGGAUGUCACACAGCAUGCUGGUAGCGCAAUGCUUGUUCCAUCUACAGGCCUAUGGCCGCUCUGGCACUUCACAUUGAAAUAUGAAAUCUUAUUGGUAAAACACCUAUGGUGUACCUUAAUAAUAUUGUAAAAGGAUGUGUUGCGAAUAUUGCUGCGAAGCUUGAGAUUAUGGAGCCAUGUUGCAGUGUGAAGGAUAGGAUUGGUCAAAGUAUGAUAGCUGAUGCAGAACAAAAGGGGCUUAUAACUCCUGGAAAGAGUAUAUUAGUGGAACCAACAAGUGGGAACACUGGCAUUGGUCUUGCCUUUAUUGCUGCUUCGAAAGGAUACAAACUGAUUUUAACAAUGCCUGCAUCCAUGAGCAUUGAAAGGCGAGUUUUGCUAAAAGCUUUUGGAGCAGAACUUGUUCUUACAGAUGCUGCCAAGGGAAUGAAGGGAGCUGUUCAAAAGGCUGAAGAGAUUUUGAAGAAAACGCCCAACUCUUAUAUGCUACAGCAAUUUGAUAACCCCGCAAAUCCGAAGAUACACUAUGAGACUACUGGUCCGGAAAUCUGGGAAGAUACAAAUGGGAAGGUUGAUAUAUUUGUUUCUGGAAUUGGAACUGGUGGAACCAUUUCUGGUGUUGGACGAUUCUUGAAGAACAAAAACCCUAAUAUAAAAGUUAUUGGCAUUGAACCUGCCGAAAGCAACAUACUCUCAGGCGGAAAACCAGGUCCACACAAGAUUCAGGGCAUCGGAGCAGGUUUUGUUCCCAGUAUUUUAGACCUUGACGUAGUUGAUGAAAUUGUAGAGAUCUCCAGUGAUGAAGCUGUUGAAACAGCAAAGCAAUUGGCUCUCCAGGAAGGAUUAUUGGUUGGAAUUUCCUCUGGAGCUGCAGCUGCUGCUGCUAUGAAGUUGGCAAAAAGACCAGAAAACACUGGAAAACUUAUUGCGGUUGUUUUUCCGAGCUUUGGCGAACGCUAUCUUUCUUCAGUUCUGUUCCAGUCGAUCAGAGAUGAAUGUGAGAAAAUGCAGCCUGAGCCAUGAUAAGGCCUCUUGCCAAAGACCUUUCAUACCCAUCAGGUACAAAUCCAUGCGCUUCUCCCGAUUAUUCACAAAAAUCAAUUGAGUAAAAUGCAGAUAGCAAGUCCAACAUGUGAAUCAAUGUGUUUUGCUUUGAAAUUUCCUGUAUUUUUUACUACAAAAAGCUAAAUUAUGACUAUUUGAAAACAUCUUUGAUAAUUUGUUCUUGAUUUAAUUGUGAUGAAAGUGUAUUAUUCUUUGAAUUCAUUGGUGGGGGGAACAAAAGGAUUUGUGUUGUGCUUUAAUCUUGUGUUAUGUUGAACUCAUUAAUCUUAGUAA